CGGUGGUUGUGGAGCUAAGUCGUGGUUACUUGCAUGAAAGAAAGGGAUCACAGUGGUAUACUUUGAGCUUAGGUUGGAAGCUGUUGCUGAAUACCAAGCCUUUCAAGAUGAUUGUCCUCAGUACUCUUAGACUCUUUCUUCUUUUUGGACUGAUGCUUUAUUUGGAAGAUAGAGUCCAAAUGGCAGAGGUGGGGCAGCCCUCUACGACCUUCCUGCCUGAGAGCCCUACCUUGCCACCUGCUGAAACCUCUACCAUGCGCCUUGUUGAGAAGCUGCUAGAAGAAGCCCCUGGAAAGGAACAGAGAAAGCCACACCUCGAAGGGCCUCCACUGCAGUACAUGCUGGAGUUGUACCAGCGUUCAGCUGACUCAGAUGGGCACCCGAGGGAAAACCGUACAAUUGGGGCCAGGAUGGUGAGGCUGUUGAUGCCUUCAGCCAAUAUAGCAAGGCCUCUUAGAGGUUCCUGGUAUACACGGAUUCUGAACUUUCUUCUAGGACGCAACCGGGUAGCUUACCAGUUAGUGAAAGCCACUGUGGUUUACCGCCAUCAACUCCAUCUAGCUCACUUCAACCUCUCCUGCUAUGUGGAGCUCUGGGUCCCAAAAAGCCCAAACAACCCCUCUUCGGUAAGAGGUUCCUCAAAGCUGUCCCUGAUGUCUCAAACCUGGACAGAGAUGGAUCUCACCCAACACAUUCAGCAGAAGCUCUGGAAUCGCAAGGGGCGGAGGAUGCUACGACUGCGUUUUAUGUGUCAGCCUCAAAACGAUAGUGAGGUUGCUGAGUUCCACGGACAUGACCCUUCAUCCGUGCAUAUUGCCUUCUUGCUACUUCAUCUCAAUGACACUCAUAAAAAUGCUCAGAAGGCUGAACUUCUUCCCAGUGUCCUGGAGGAGUUUAUGGAAGGAGAAUCUUCUCUUCUCUCGAGGAAGACUCGGCAAGUAGAUAGUGUUGCAUCUGACGUUUCUGGCCCCUCUCAGGAACAGGAUGCAUCUGAAAAUAACCAGUGUUCCCUCCAUCCUUACACAGUCAGCUUCCGUCAGUUGGGCUGGGAUCACUGGAUCAUUGCUCCCCACCACUAUACCCCGAAUUACUGUAAAGGAACUUGUCCUCGAGUACUACACUAUGGUCUCAAUUCCCCUAAUCACGCCAUCAUCCAGAACCUUAUUAAUGAGCUGGUGAACCAGAGCAUCCCUCAGCCUUCCUGUGUCCCUUAUAAGUAUGAUGCCAUGAGUGUUCUUCUUAUUGAGGCAAAUGGGAGUAUUUUGUACAAAGAACAUGAAGGUAUGGUUGCACAGUCCUGCACAUGUAGGUGA